AAUUUCCCUCCACUGGGUUCCCGCUUCUCUCUCUCUCAGGCCUGGAACUGCAACAGCCAUUAAACCCUAACUGUUCUCCGAUCUCGCUCACUCCCCUUCCAGUGAUCGACGCCGAUUCAGAAUCAUGAAUCGCAGAGUUCAAUUCUCGCACAAACAACGUGCAAAUCGCACGGAGCAAUUCCACAAGUACUUGAAGCCCGGUGCCCUGGCGAAGAUCCGGGACUCGCGAAUCAGCGCCAGAUUGUACCGAUACAACUCGCUAUCUCAGAUCUAUCUCCGCCGUACUGCUUCUCCGGAGUCGUCUCCACUCUCCUCUAUCGGUCAAUCGGAGAUUGACGUGGAUGAUUUCCCUUCUUUGUCUGGAAGGGUUUACGGUCCCUUAUGCCUCAAGAGGAAGAAGUUCUCGGGAAUUAAGUCUACGUGGUUCCCGAGCCCUAAUUUGCAGACUCCAACUGCCGAUUUAAGUGGAGACUCGAUUAUUGAUGCGUUUAAUAGCGAUGUUGCUGCGCAUUGAGUAUAGAUUUUCAUAUUACAGUGAAUUAACCCUUUGUUUUUCUGUUGUUCUGUAUGUAGAUCGUCAUCGACUGGGUAGUUUGGUCUGUUUCUUUCAAUUUUAUUAUAGGUAUUAUUCUUUUCAAGGGGCUGGGGUUGAAUAAUUACAGUGGAAAGUUUUAUUAUGACACAUGGAACCUAUUUGGAAUUGAUCUUGUUUCAUCCAAACCGGUGUCAGAUUGUAUUACUCUGACUAUUAAGCAUCGGAUUUAUAGAUAUGCAUAUUCCCAUGGGUGAUUAAUUUUCUUUGAAACUGAAGUGGGUUCAAUUAAGGAAGUGAUCGAUGAGUU